AUGCCUGCACUCGACCGCAGGCAGCAGGUGUGGCCCACGACCACUUCGUCCGCCGCAACAUCCACCCCGGACCUCGCCCAGACGAGCGCGACCCGGUUCGUCCCUCAAGCCACCUCGUCGGCCGACUCGUCCUCGUCCGGCUCCGGCUCGGAUGGGUCCGUCAGCGUGUGGAAGUACGCCAUCGUCGUGAUCCUGUGUGUGUUCGCCCUCGGCGCACUCGUCCGCCUCGGCCUCUUGCACCGCCUGCGCCGCCAACGCACCAUCUACUCGCGCGACCAGCAGCAGCACCAUCGCGCGAGGCCAAGACCUCGCCCCCGCACCGCCGACUCGCAGCGCAGCCUCAACAACAGCGUCUACAGCCUCGACCUCGAACAUGCAGAGCUUCCACCGCCCGGCUACGACGAGGCGCAGCCCGACCCGAACGCGCCCGCCGCCCCCGUCGCCGCCGCCACCGUCGCACCGACCGGACCCGCCUCGGCACCUCGGCGCGGCCCUUUCGCCCGCCUGACGUCCCUGUUCCGCCGCGGCAACGCCGACACGGCCGUCCCGAUGCAGCACCUGUCGACCGCCCGCACGCCCGCGUCGCAGCAGCGGCCGGCCGACCCGGCGACGCUCGCCGAGGUGGCGCACCUGCGCCGCGCCUUGCGCGAUGCCGGCCUCCUCGGGCCCUCAUCGUCGUCGUCGUCGUCCGGUCCGCGCUCAUUCGCCGACUUGACGCCGAGCCAGCGCGCGGCGCUCAACGGCGCGACGCCGGCCGUCCUCGUCGCCGCCGCCGCCGCCAUGGCCGGCCCGCACACGGGCAACGGCGACGACGACGUCGAAACCGAUUCGGAGCGCAGGCGCGCCGAGCGGGUCCGCCGCAGGGCCGAGCGCCGCUUGCGCCGCAGGAGGGAGCGCGAGGCGCAGCGCGAGGCCGAGGAAGGCCUCGGGCUCCCGACCUACUCGCGCAAGGUCGCCGACGGCGAGGCGACGCUGCAGCGGGCCGACGGGUGGAAGACGGACGGGAGCGAUGGCGACGACGGCGACGACAGUGGCGACAGCGGGGACGAGCGCGAGCGGGGCGCGGUCGACGGUGCGGCACUCGGCGGCGCAGGCGCGGUCGUGCCUACGCUCGACGGCGCGCACCCGCCUCGAGCGAGUACGUCGUCGACGGCGGCUGAGCCGUCGCAGGAGCGCGUCGCCGUCGUCGCCGAGGACGACGACCUGCCGCGCGCCGCGUCGUCCUCGACGCGUUCCCUUCCUUCCUCCCCGCCGGCUGUGCCUGCUCCCGCUCCUCGCGCCGAGCCUUGACAGCGUUCACUUUUCCUCUCGCAUCCUGUCGUACCCACCCUUGUUGUAGCUCCCCUCGUCGUCGUCGCCCGAGCUGUAUCUUUGCGUACUCGCCUUCUCGCCUUUGUUCAACUCGCUUCGUCUGUUCGGACACAUUCUCGCCGC